AUGGAUAAGGGGCUAAACGUGUGGCAGUAUCUGGUCGUUCUUUCGCGUCUAGUGGUCGCUACGAUCAUCUUCUUCGUUCAGCACCGUUUGCUGCGGUUCUGGCCCCCUCGUGAACGACCCCUGGUGACCGUUCGCCAGGGGAAGGUACGCGGUAUAAGCUCAACUCUGCCGAAUGGCAAACCAUAUCACUACUUCAAAGGCAUUCCGUACGCCAAGGCACCCGUUGGCGAGCUGCGCUUUCGUGCUCCAAUUCCGCUCGACCGCUUUCGUGUCCCGAUCGUCGACUGCUGCGUGGAGCGUGCUGACUAUGUGCAACUAGAUUUCUUCUCCGGGUUUGUGUUUGGUUCUGAAAGUGCUCUCUAUCUGAACGUGUACACCCCAGUGCAGCAGCUUCCAGUGAGACCUAAUGGCUCCGGAUUACCUGUGAUGGUGUUCCUGCAUGGCGGAGGGUUCGCAUGCGGAACGGGCAGCAGCUUUUUUUAUGCGCCCGAUUCUUUUCUGCAAAAAGACGUAAUCGUCGUGACGGUUUACUACCGGUUAGGACCGCUUGGCUUCCUUUAUCUACCGGAAGCAGGCAUCGAAGGCAAUGCUGGACUAAAGGAUCAGGUAUGA